UUUACCUGCUGGCAAUUAUUUUAAUAUUAGAGAUUAUUUUAGAUAGGUAUUUAAUUUUCCAUGGCCAUCAUGUUGGAUGUAUUAGGUAAUCGAAAACAAGAUUAUAUUUUUUUGAUUGGUAUUCGGAAUAGAGAUAAAUAAGUAGCUAGACGUGUGACUCUGUUUGGUUAAAAAAUCCGCGAUGGUUCUUUCUAUGGACAGAUGGGUAGGCAAAGUAGCCAUUGUUACAGGGGCUAGUUCUGGAAUAGGGACAGCAGUUGCAGAACUUUUGGUUGAGAAAGGACUUUUGGUAGUGGGCGCAGCUAGAAGAAAAGAAAACUUGGACGCUUUAGCACAAAAACUUCAAGGCAAAAAAGGCAAGCUGUACGCAGUGAAAGCAGACGUCACCAAAGAAGAAGACAUCAAAGGACUCUUCAAAUGGACUUCAGCAAAUGUAGGUCCUGUAUCAAUCCUAGUAAAUAAUGCUGGAUGCCAUCACAAAACUGGUCUAAUAGGUGGUGAUACAGCAGCAUGGAGAGCCACUAUCGAUGUUAACCUUAUAGCGUUGUGUAUAGCAACAAGAGAGGCAAUUGAUAUUAUGCAAAAGAAUAAUAUCGAUGGAUAUAUUAUUCAUAUUAACAGCAUUGUCGGUCACACUGUACUUAAUAUUCCUAACGUAAAUGUCUAUCCAGCAACCAAACAUGGAAUAACUGCUUUAACGGAAACAUUAAGACACGAACUAAAUGCACGGAAAUCCAAAAUAAGAGUCACGAGUAUAAGUCCUGGUGUAGUUGAUACAGAACUAAUAUCCGAUACCAAAAAAUCCGAUGCAUUUGCCCUCAUUAAAGACGCAAUGUUAAAAUCUGAAGACAUAGCUGAUGCUAUUUCAUACGUCCUUUCCACACCACAACAUGUACAGGUUCACGAGUUAACAAUCAAGCCAGUGGGGGAACAAUUUUAAAUUUAUAGAUUCUUCAAAGAUUUUAGUUCAUUUUCAUUAUUUAUCAUCAAUAUACUCAUUAAUACUACUUAUUUCAUAAAUGAAUUCCUUAGCAAGUUCAAAAUGUAAACAAAUCAAUUAAAAAUAAUUUAAAAAUAA